CCACAUUUAUCAACCAUGUCUGAGGAGACUAACACCACCCAGGAUAUGUUCUAUUUCAUUCUCAUGGGUAUCCCUGGCUAUGAAGCCUCCCACAUUUGGAUCUCCAUCCCCUUCUGCUGUCUCUACACCAUCUCCAUCCUGGGCAACACCACCAUCCUCACUGUCAUCCGCACAGAGCCCGCUCUCCACCAGCCCAUGUACCUAUUUCUGUCCAUGCUGGCCUUCACCGACCUGGGUCUCACCCUCACCACGCUGCCCACAGUCAUGCAGCUCUUCUGCUUCAACAUUCCUGAAAUCAGCUUCGAAGCCUGCUUUGCUCAAAUAUUUUUCAUUCAUACAUUUUCUUUCAUGGAAUCCUCUGUACUAUUGGCCAUGUCCUUCGACCGCUAUGUGGCCAUCUGCCGCCCCCUUCACUAUGCCUCAAUCCUCACCAAUAAAGUGAUUGGUCGAAUUGGGUUAGCAAUCAUUUGCCGCUGUGUUCUUGCUGUCCUUCCCUCCCUUUUCCUACUGAAGCGUCUCCCCUUCUGCCUCUCUCACCAUCUCUCUCACUCCUACUGGCUGCACCAGGACAUGAUUCGCCUGGUCUGUGCUGAUAUCCGGGUCAAUAGCUGGUAUGGAUUUGUUCUGGUCUUGCUCAUCGUUGUCAUGGACCCUCUGCUCAUAGUACUCUCUUAUGCAAGGAUUCUGAGAAGUGUGCUGGGGUUAGCCUCUGUGACUGAGCGGCUUCGUGCCCUUAAUAACUGUCUGUCCCACAUUCUGGCUGUUCUUGUGCUCUAUGUCCCCAUGGUUGGGGUGUCUAUGACCCAUCGCUUUGCCAAGCACGCCUCUCCCCUGGUCCAUGUUAUCAUGGCCAAUAUCUACCUGCUGGCCCCUCCUGUGAUGAACCCCAUCAUUUAUAGUGCAAAGACCAAGAAGAUCCGCCAAGGAAUCUUUCGUCUCUUUUUUCCCAAAAAUAUACUUUCAAGAUGA